AUGCUCCGGGCCCGUCUACAUCCUCUACGGCCAGGUCCGGUCCGCACUGUCGGCCUGCUGCUCCGGUACAGCUCCACAUCCAGCACCAAGGCAUCGGAUCCGCUCCGCAUCUUGUUCUGCGGUUCCGAUGACUUCAGCUGCCAUUCACUGCGGUCCUUGCACGCCGAGCAUGUUCGCAACCCGUCUCUUAUCUCUUCCAUCGAUGUUGUCGCCCGGCCUGGCAAGCCUACCGGCCGAGGGCUACGGCGCAUCAGGGUGCCUCCCAUCAAACCCCUGGCGGAGGAACUGUGUCUACCAGUGCACGAGCGCGACACAUUCACCGGGUGGACGCCUCCCACGCCAGGCACCAGCCCCGACCCCAUCAAUCUCAUCAUUGCCGUCUCGUUCGGCCUUUUCGUGCCGCCGCGGGUCCUGCGCGGUGCCAAGUACGGCGGGCUGAACGUGCACCCGUCUCUGCUGCCUGACUUCCGCGGGCCCGCCCCCCUGCAGCAUACGCUGUUGACCGGGCGCACGCACACGGGCGUGACGCUUCAGACGCUCGACGAGCACGCCUUUGACCACGGCACCGUGCUGGCGCAGACCCCUCUCCCGGGUGUUCCUGUCCCCGAGGAGUGCACAUUACCGCAAAUCCAUGAGCUACUUGCCCCUCUAGGUGCCGAGUUGCUGGUCCAGGCGCUGCGUGACGGCGCACAUGUGCCGCCGCGGGUCUCUGUGGGGUGGCAGCCUACGGCGGCGCAGCUCGCCGAGGUGCGGCACGCGCCCAAGAUCACGAAGCUGGACUCCGAGGUCGACUGGGGCUGCUCAAGCUGGGCUCGGGAUGCCGGGACGUGGACGGCCUCCGAUCUGGCACGACGAUUCCGGGCGCUUGGGCUUAACAGUCUGUGGACGCGUGCUGUAUCUCCCGCAAAUGGGGAGAAACGCGUCAUCUGGGAGGAUGUGGAGGCAUGUGAGUGCCCAGCUGAACUCGGAAGUUUUGUGCAGAAGCUGUUGAGUCGUCAAAUAUCUGGAACGGAAGCCAUCUCAGACACGAUCUCUGAAGGUCAUCAAGAAGUGGAUGGCGCAUUUGCUGGAGUCAAUACCAUUUCCUGGGCCAUGGAAGACUAUGAAGCGCACCAAAUACGACACUAUCGUAUACCAUAUACCACGGACGGAGAGUCUAUCAUCAUCCCGGUCCGCGUGUCCUACAAUUCAGUUGAGAAUCAGGGUUCAAUAUCUCCUAGGAGAAAAUUAGACGCUCUGAAGAUCAAGAAAGCCAAAGUAGAAGGAGAGCAGAGUAAGCCCGCAGGUCAAGCGAUGAAGCAAUUUGCAGAGGGGAGCCAUGAAGACAGAGACCUUUUCUCGCUGGAAUUCGCCAUGAACAUAAUAGCAGAGAGUAAUCAGUGA